GAGACACACUUUCUUUUGUCAAAAAAUUUCUUAUGACCCUAAAGUAAAGAGAAUCUCUCUCAUCUUCUUAUUUCAUUUUAUUAUUUUUCUUAUUCUACUUUGUGUAUUUAUUUACUUUUAUCUCAAGUUCUAAAAUAUAUUAAACAAAAAUAAUUGUCAUAAUAAACUAUAUAUAAAAUUCUCUAUCUUUUAAGAUCCAUGUUCAUACAUAUAUUAUAUAUAUUAAAGUGUAAACAAAAUGUGGACAUGGACACGAAAGCGUGGAUAACAGAAUUAUAAAUUAGUUGUGGACAUGAACAUCUUAACAGAAUUAUAAACUAGUUGUGGACAUGAACAAUAUUCAUUCGAUUUCAUUCAUCAUCUCGGGAUCUAAAUUCAAUUCUAAUCAAAAUUACAUCCAUCCACAUCAUGACAAAGCGCAAAUUCCUUAGAUCAGAAAUCUCUGACAUUCAAGAUCUAUUACUCUCCGACAAAAGGUAAACGCUUCUUCGAUUUUUCUCUCCGCUCAUACUCACAAUAUCAUCUCUUUCUCAUCUUGAUUGAAGUUUAACUGCAGAUAAUUUAUCAAUUGAGCUGAAGAAAGCAAGUGUUUGUAUUGGAGAUAACAGUUCGUAUCCACGUUUUAUGGUAUAAUUUUAGUAACAAGAGUCUAUGUCCACGUAUUGUUGUAUAGUUUUAUGGAAUCAAAACAGAGAGUUAGUCCACUUAUCUACUAUAAACACAUUAAUAUCACAUAUCCACACAUUACUCAUCACUCAUCCACACAUCACCCGUCCACAAAUCACCCAACUACACAUCACUCGUCCACAAAUCACUCGUCCACAAAUCACCCAUCCACAACUGUCUUUUCUAUUAAGGGCAAAAUUGUCCACAACUGGCCCACAACAAAAUGUGUAACAUGUAAGAAGUGUCUCUAGCUGUAUUAGAAAAUCAAAAAGUUUCCUAGUGUAAUCAACUCUAUAUAUAUAAAGACUGAACCGACCCUUCUUGGUUCCCGUAUCCCCUCGCAAUACUCAACAUACCAACAACAACAUAAUACCAAGAAGAAGCGAAGGCGUGAAACAUCAGAAAAUGGCGGCGAAUUGCGUAAUAACAUCCCCUGAGGAAGAACACACACCAAAACUAGACCUUGUGACGCCACUUGUCUUCAAUCCUUCAAUGCUUAACCUCCAAGCCACUAUCCCAAGCCAGUUCAUUUGGCCUGACGAUGAGAAGCCUUGCCUCGAAGCUCCCGAGCUUGACGUUCCCCUCAUCGAUCUCCAAAACUUCCUCGCCCAUAGCCACUCCACGUUAGAUGCUUCCAGGCUCAUCUCCGACGCCUGUAACAAGCACGGUUUCUUCCUCGUGGUCAAUCACGGCAUCAGCGAGCAGCUUAUAUCUGACGCUCAUGAAUACAUGUCCCGCUUUUUCGACAUGCCUCUCUCUGAGAAACAGAGGAUUCAGAGAAAAGCAGGCCAGAGUUGUGGCUACGCAAGCAGUUUCGCUGGCCGUUUCUCCACCAAGCUUCCGUGGAAGGAAACCCUUUCUUUCCAGUUUUGCGACGACAAGAGCCGCCCAAAAAACGUUCAAGAUUACUUCUGCGAUGCGUUGGGACAUGAGUUUGAGCCAUUUGGGAAAGUGUAUCAAGAGUACUGUGAAGCAAUGAGUUCUCUGUCACUGAAGAUCAUGGAGCUUCUAGGGAUAAGUUUAGGCGUAUCCGGAGACUACUUCAAAUCUUUUUUUGAAGAAAAUGAUUCCAUAAUGAGACUAAAUUACUACCCUCCAUGUCAAAAACCAGAUCUUACAUUUGGAACAGGACCUCAUUGUGAUCCUACUUCUCUUACCAUCCUUCACCAAGACCAUGUUCAUGGCCUUCAAGUCUUUGUCGAUAAUCAGUGGCGCUCCAUCAGUCCUAACCCCAAGGCCUUUGUGGUCAAUAUCGGUGAUACUUUCAUGGCUCUAUCAAACAAUAGAUACAAAAGCUGCUUGCACCGGGCGGUGGUGAACAGCAAGAGCGAGAGGAAAUCACUUGCGUUCUUCUUGUGUCCAAAAAAGGACAGAGUAGUGAAGCCACCAAGAGAGCUUUUGGACAGCAACACACCAAGGAGAUACCCUGACUUCACUUGGUCUAUGUUGCUUGAGUUCACUCAGAAACAUUAUAGAGCAGACAUGAACACUCUCCAGGCUUUCACAGAUUGGCUCACCAACAAACCCAUCCAAUAAGUAAAAGCAAUAUAUAUAUAUAUAUAUGUCUUUGUCUUGUUAGUUACUAUGUUCUUUAUAUUUCAUGUAUAUGGUAAUAGAUCAAUAACACCCUUAGUACUUCAUUUAUAA